CAACAAUAUUUUAUAGCUGUAAUUACCUAUUUAGGACCAAAACAAUCACGCAUGCGCAGUUUAUCACUACGAGAGAAGCCGGUGAGUUAAUCGAGCGCACCUUACCCAUGUUUCAGUCACGUGUCGCUAGAUUCUCGCGCCGAAUUGUUUGAACAUCAUCGCGUACUGUAAAGGUGAGAGAUGCCGCCAAACAAAAAAGCCAAAGUGAGGAAAGAAACUACAAGUUCAGAUGACAGCAGUGAUGAGGGGAAGGCCUCUGCUUUCAACAAGAAGAAGAAAGCUGCAACUCCUGCUAGGAAAAGAGAAAAAGGCUCCUCUGAUUCUCCAACUUACAGCCACUGGUUGAUGAAGUCUGAGCCUGAAAGUCGCUUUCAGAACGGCAUUGAUCUAAAGUUUGGCAUUGAGGACCUCAAGGCUCAACCUGAGCAGACUGCAUGCUGGGAUGGAGUUCGCAAUUAUCAGGCUCGCAAUUUCAUGAGGCAGAUGAAAGUGGGCCAACGGGCUUUCUUUUACCACAGCAACUGCAAAGAACCAGGGGUGGCGGGGCUCAUGAAGAUAGUGAAGGAGGCGUACGUGGACCACACUCAGUUUGACAGGAAGGAUCCCCACUAUGAUGCAGCCAGCAACCCAGGCAGCCCCAAGUGGAGCAUGGUGGACGUUCAGUAUCAAAGGAUGACGAGGCGUUUUCUUCCGCUGUCCGAGCUGAAGCGGUACCACCUGCAGCAUCGUGACAGCGGAGGGCCGCUGAAGAACCUGGCCCUUUUUACCAAACCGAGGCUCUCGGUUCAACCCCUCACCGCUGAGUUUGACUUCAUCCUGAGCCUGGAGGACAAAAAGCCGCUGUGAUCAACCCGUCCUGUGAACAACCCGUCCUGUGAACUUUUAAUCAUCUAUAAGUCGUAUUUCUGUAUUAAUAAAGGUUUUUAUGUCUAAA